AUGCGCCAGAAUGCGCCAACAAACCGUGACGGGUUUAGUAUCGCUAUUAUUUGCGCCCUCCCUCUCGAGGCCGACGCUGUCGAGGCGUUAUUCGACGAAACAUACGACAAAUUCGGUAAGAUAUAUGGCAAAAGUUUUCGAGACAACAACGUAUAUAUCAAUGGAAGAAUUGGCCAGCAUGAUGUUGUCCUAUGCUACUUGCCGAACAUGGGAAAAGGAAGCGCUGCGAGUGCAGCUGCCAACCUCAGAGUCAGCUACACCGAGAUUCAGCUGGCUCUAGUGGUUGGCAUCUGUGGAGGUGUUCCGUUUCCCUCUGAAAACGCCGAGAUUGUACUGGGAGACGUGAUUAUUAGCGAUAGUGUGGUCGAAUAUGAUUUUGGCGGCCAAUAUCCUGAUGGAUUUCGACGAAAAAAGGGUAUUAAGGGCAUGCUUGGGCCGCCUCCCCCUAUAAUCAGAAGCCAUCUUGAAGCUCUCAAGAGUCACAAGGCGCAGAGCGAAUUCCGAGGGCGGGUUUAUCAACAUCUUCAAGCUCUCCAGCAGGCCGGGCAGGAAGUAGAAUGGCAGCACCCGGGUAUUGAGCGUGACGUGCUCUUUGAGGCUUGUUAUCGUCAUAAACACUAUCAGGAAAAAGAAAUGGCGGUCAAAUGUGUUUGUUUGCAAUGCAGGUCCAGCAGUGAUCCUAUCUGUGAAGAGGCACUGGAGGGAAGUUGCGAUGGUGUUGGAUGCUAUGGCCAGAAAGUCCCUCGCAACCGACAUAACGCCGGAACUACCAAUCCGUUUGUCCACAUCGGGACGAUUGCAUCCGCAGACACGGUGAUGAAAUCCGGAGAGCACCGUGACAAAAUGGCCAAAAGAGAUAAUGUCAUUGGAUUUGAAAUGGAAGGUGCUGGGGUAUGGAGAAACAUGCCUUGCAUAAUCAUCAAAGGCGUAUGCGAUUAUGCGGACAGCCAUAAGAAUAAGACAUGGCAAAGAUAUGCCUCAGCAACUGGAGCAUCUGCUGCCAAAACCUUCCUGGAGUAUUGGAUACAUACCACCAGAGGAAGUAUGACCGUGCCACUAGGUUCUGCCCAAGAUCUACUCACUGCGAUCCGUGGUUCAAGAGAUGAUAAUAUUCAGUUCAGCCGAGGAAUAUAUGCAACCGUUCAACAGCAGACUGAUUAUCAAGUUUCUGCAUUGAGAAAAUUCUCUACCUCUUUUGCUGCAAAUCAAAACACACUACAAACCCAAAUAUCUUCAAUGAACAAUACUGUAGAAGCAGUAUCAUCGGUUUCGCAGGGAAAAAUGGAUACCAUGAUGGGAAUGCUCCAGAAGAUAUCUGGAAGACUUGAGCCUUCUCAUAUUCAGACAAGUGGUCAAAAAGAUAGUUCAGGUCUAGAUUUAGAGAUGAUCCGCAGCAUUGAACGGCUUUGUGGCUUAGUCCAAGAGAAAGAAAGUACCAUUGAUACAUACGACGACGACCAGGCAGAUGGUAUUAUAGAUGAUUUGCAGGUUAUAUUGGCAUCGGCACAGAAGAAAGUCGAGACGACUUGGCAGAUGCCGGAUAAGUGGUCGUCAGAAGAAAGUGAAAGGGCUAACAGCACGGAUAUUGUUCGCAAAAUACAACGCUUUAAUCGCCGCUUUGGUCGGGACGGGCUGGGAUUAAACCAAGGAGUUCAAAGGCGCAUGUUUCAGAAUAACACAUUCACUCAACAAGAAAGUUCGUACAACAGGAUUGAUAUUGGCAUAGGAAAAUUAACCGUCAGGUUCAAUAAAAGAACCCGACCGUUGAGGAUCACAAGAAAAGAUGAAAGUUUCCAUUUGCAAACCGAUAGAGACCUCACAGACUACUCAAUGACAGUUUUAUUCACGCCAACUAACCCACAGCGGUUCCAUAUGCUGGUUGCGUCCUUCUUUGAGGAGGAGAUUUACCAUGAGAAGAUGCAACGAAGGUCUAUAUCCUCCAUAUCCCGACUCACAGUGAAUAGGGUUCUACCCAAUGACUCACCCAUUUUUCUAUUAGUGCGGAUGGGAUAUCUAUCUACAGUUCAGGAAAUGAUUUUUAAUGACCCAUCCUUAUUGAGAUGUCAUGAUGACAAUGGCAGGUCUCUAUUGUUUUUUUCGAUGCUGCAACCGGAAAUGUGCAAGUUUCUGGUUGAAAAUGGGUUAGACGUGGACCACGUAGCCUACUCCGACAAUGGAUGGUUACAGUCUCCUCUAGAGGUGGAAUACCCUUGUCUUGGGGAAAGCAACAGUGAAGAAAUCCGGGCGGUGGGUCAAUGUUAUCGACUACUUUUGGAGGCAGGGGCCGACCCAACCAUUUCCUUGGACAAAGCUUCCUCUCCGUUCCUUUCCGGCGCCGUGGUUAUUGGUAUACCGGAUAUUAUUCGCAUAGCCUGGAAUCCUGAAAUAGUUGGACAUUUUGCUGAUAUCAACACGUAUGAUAUAGACAAUUGUUUUGCCGAGAUGCUCCGAGCGGGGGCAAAUAUCAACAUUCGCAAUGCCGACGGACUGACAUGUCUCCAUAUAUGUCUCCAAAGUUCGGGCACUGGCCUGAGAGCAACCCUAUGGCAACGACCUAUUACAGAGUACGAAACACUGAAAUUUCUUGUGGAGAGUGGUGCCGAUCCCAGGGCAGUGAACUUCUCAGGAAUGACAGUUUCAGAUGUUGCGUACACUACAUCAGGCCGGGGCUUUUGUGGAAGCUAUCCUGGUGACCUCUGGGAUUGUGUCCUACAGAGCUGCGACUACAAUAUUAAAGAAUUCAGGUCGAUAUACCGUCGAAAAGCAAAGUACACACGUUUUUAUACACGAGAAGUCUUCGAAAAUCUUUGGCAAGGGAGAGAAGAGUUUUGCCCUUACUGGGAUGACUCGCCAUGGCCACCACGGGAGGAUAGGAAAUUAAAAGUCAAGUGA